AUAGACAAACAUAUGUCGGAGGAAAUGCAAAUAGUUUUUGCCUUUGACCUUCUUCAAUUAAAACCGAUAUAAACAGAUAUAAAUAGCACAGUGCAGUAAUGAAAGUGUCGAACACAAACUGUUUUGCAUAUAUUUCAAUAUAAAACCAAUUCCAAAUGACUAUUGCCACCUUAAAUAUGGAUAUGGAGUAUAUGGUCAACAGUAGUGACAAUGCAACUGCGACUACAGAAGCAGAUUUUAGUCCCACUUUGGGCGAUUCAAAUGUCACGGAAUACAAUGCCACAGGGAUGGACGCGAAUGAUUCGACUGGCGAGGAUGAGGAGAUGCUGAAGAUAGCCUUCUUUAUAGGCGAUUUCGUGCACCAGUACUAUAUACCAGUGGUUUGCUGCACGGGCAGCAUUGGGAACAUCCUCUCCGUGUUCGUCUUCUUCAGGACCAAGUUGCGGAAGUUAUCCUCCAGCUUUUACCUGGCCGCUCUGGCUGUGAGCGACACCUGCUUCCUGGCCGGACUCUUUGCCCAGUGGCUGAACUUCCUCAACGUGGACAUCUACAAUCGGAACUACUUCUGCCAGUUCUUCACGUUCUCCAGCUACCUGGCCAGCUUCUGCUCCGUCUGGUUUGUGGUCGCCUUCACCGUGGAGCGCUUCAUAGCGGUCAUCUAUCCACUGAAGCGCCAGACCAUGUGCACCGUGCGCCGGGCCAAGAUCGUCCUGUUUUGCCUGACCCUCGUGGGCUGUCUGCACUGUCUGCCCUAUGUGGUGAUUGCCAAGCCGGUGUUUAUGGCCAGACUGAACGCCACCAUUUGCGAUCUCAACACGGAAUACAAAGAACAACUGGCCCUCUUCAACUACUGGGACUCCAUUGUCGUCUACGCGGUGCCCUUCACCACCAUCGCCGUGCUGAACACCUGUACAGGUUGCACGGUGUGGAAGUUCGCCACCGUUCGCCGAACGCUGACCAUGCACAAGAUGAAGCCACAAACGAACAGCAUGCCAUCGAACUCGUCGAACUCAUCGGGAGGGACAUCUGCAGUGGCCUCGUACCGCAUUUCGGCAUCGCUGAAGCGCCAGAAGUCGACGGGAACGCAUCCAAGUGGACAGCAUAUUGUGGCCAACAGGCAGCCGGAUGAUCAGGAGCAACAGCAACAGCAGUCGCAGCAGCAGCAUCAAAUAAACAAUUGCCAACACCAUUGCGAGAUUACGCAGAAACCAGCCCGUCGCAAGGUACAGAACUCAUCGCAGCUCAAGGUAACCAAAAUGCUGCUAAUUGUCUCAACGGUCUUUGUCUGCCUCAAUUUGCCGAGCUGCCUGCUGCGCAUCGAGGCCUAUUGGGAGACGGAUGCGGCCCGAAACGAGAAUUCCACAAUUGCUUUGCAAUAUAUUUUUCACGCUUUCUUCAUCACCAAUUUUGGCAUCAAUUUCGUGCUUUACUGCGUCAGUGGACAGAAUUUCCGCAAAGCCGUAUUGAGUAUUUUCCGAAGGGUUUCAUCCGCUCAGCGGGAGGCAGGAAACACACAAGUGACAGUUUCUGAAUAUUGUCGCAAUACUGGCACCUCCACUCGACGUCGGAUGAUGACGCAACAUUGUUGGAACGAAAUGCACGAGUUGCAUCCACUCAAGUGAAUGGCUGAGCUUACGGGAAAAUUAACUUAGAGGCUGCAAAGGCCAAUGGAUGAUGUGAAAUUGCGAAAUACGCCGCGGGAUGAGCCGGCAUUUCGUUUUUAAUUAGAUUUCAGCAAACAUAAUAUGAAUAAGAGCACAAAGAAAGUAAAAAUUACUUUACGGAAUGCGAGGAAUACAAGCGAGACCGUUGUUUGUGAUGUUUGUCAAGGCCAAGCGAAAUCAAACAAAAAUGAUAAAAUGAAAAAAAUCAAAAUUACGAAUGAACCGCAAAACGCCGACUUCAUUUAUUUAAGUGUUUAACUAACCACAUAGUAAUAGGAUAAUUAACUUUUGUUUUGCUUACAAAAGUAUACGCAUAUUUAAGCAGCUAUUAUACAAAACCCAAAACCCCAAAAAUCAAAUUCAAAUCCGCACGCAAAACUUAAUUGAAACCUAACCACAGAAACACAUUUUGAAAACGUCAAUCGUAAAGCCCAAUAGAUUAGAUUAAUAAAAAUGUAUUUCCUGUCUAACCAACCAAA